UAUAACAAACGUUGUAGAACAACGUUUUUGCAGAACAGCACAAUGAAAAUAAUUUUACCAUUAUUUUAUUUAGCAACAUUUUGCAUAAUUGCUAAUACACAGAUAGCCAUGCGACCCCCACAAAAGUCUAUAGUGCCGGCAUAUUAUGAUUAUUGUUUUACUGGUUGUGAUCUUACUUGUCCUCAAUUGGUAUUUGGAGUAAAAUGCGUGUUCAAAAAUGGUUGCCGGAGAGGAUAUUUCUGUGGUUCUGGAUAUGUGAGAAAUGUCAACUCACAUAAUGAAUGUAUAUCCGAAGACAGGUGCAAGCUUAUGUAUUGUAGUGUACAAUAUAGGAAGAACUAUGCUUUUUGUGAAAAGAAUUGUCAAAACGUUAUACAAAAAACUGAGUGUAAAAAUGAUUUUAGUAAACCGCGGCGCUCAGGUUACUUCUGUUCUUCUAGCUUUGUGCGACGUACAGAUGAACACAGUGAGUGUAUACCAGAGAGAUUAUGUCAUGAAGCCUUGCAUCAUCACGGUUAAUUGAAAAAUGUUAUAUAAAA